GAAGCUGCAAAAUCUGGCCAUCCCGGGGCUCCCAUGGGCUGUGCACCAAUGGCUCACUGCUUGUUCGGUCACGUUAUGAAAGCUUCUCCCAAAAAUCCCAAUUGGAUUGCUCGUGAUCGAUUUGUUCUUUCAAACGGUCAUGGAUGUGCACUUCACUACACGAUGCUGCAUCUUAUGGGAUACAAAGUCUCUCUGGAAGAUUUGAAGAAGUUCCGUCAAGUUGAUGAGAAGUGCCCAGGUCAUCCUGAGAACCACAGCACACCUGGUAUUGAAGUUACAACAGGCCCACUUGGCCAAGGAGUUGCGCAGGCUGUUGGACUUGCAAUUGCUGCUGAAUCUGUUGCAGCACGAUACAACAAACCUGAUGUCACACUCUUUGACAGUUUCAUUUACACGAUUGUUGGGGAUGGAUGCCUUCAAGAAGGAGUUGCUUCUGAAGCGUGUUCACUUGCUGGACAUUUGAAACUCGGACGCUUGAUUGUUUUCUAUGACAAGAACGGAAUUUCUAUAGAUGGGGACACAGAUCUCUCUUUCACUGAAGAUGUUGCGAUGCGUUUCCAAAGUUAUGGUUUUCAAGUUCUGCAUGUUGCUGAUGGCGAUUCGGAUGUGGACGGAAUGCUUUACGCCAUUGAGACCGCAAAGAAGAAUUCAAGCCAGCCAAGUUUGAUUAUUUGCAAUACAACAAUUGGAUUUGGAUCAAAGAAAGAAGGGACCGAGAAGGUUCAUGGCAGUCCACUUGGCGCGGAGGAUUUGAAGCAGCUGCGUGAAAAAUUCGGUCUCCCUUCGGACGACAUGUUCCAGAUUCCCGCGGAAGUUUUGGAUUUUUAUAGAAGAAAGGGUCAAAGUGGAGAUCAACUGUGUUCUGAAUGGGAAAGCCUUCUGACAAUUUAUGGAACAAAAUAUCCAGCAGAACAUGCAGAAUUACUGGAUCGCAUUAAUGGAACUCUUCCUAAGGGAUGGAUGGAUUGUCUUCCCAAAUACACUCCGGAAUCAAAAGCAGACUCAACCCGAGCUCUUUCUGGAAGUGUCCUGAAUGCUGUAGUUAGUGCGGUUCCAAGUGUCAUGGGAGGUUCAGCAGAUUUGACUGGUUCAAACUGCACUGGGUUGAAGACUGAAACUGCGUUUCAAGCCAAUAAUCGUCGGGGUCGCUAUCUUCAUUUUGGUGUUCGUGAACAUGGAAUGGCCGCAAUUUGCAAUGGAAUUUUUGCUUUCGGAGGUUUCCGUUCCUUCGGUGCGACUUUUUUGAAUUUCGUUACUUACGCAUGGGGUGCUGUUCGUUUAAGCGCACUCUCACGGUUCGGUAUCCUCUACGUUGCAACUCAUGAUUCGAUUGAGCUUGGUGAAGACGGUCCAACACAUCAACCCAUUGAAGUAGCUGCUCUUUGCCGUGCAACUCCCAACAUGAUUUACUACCGCCCUGCUGAUGGGAGCGAAACAUCUGCAGGUUACGCUGUUUGGCUGACGCAUCAAGAAACACCGACCGUGAUGGCACUCUGCCGAGGUGCUGUGCCACAGCUGCAGGGUUCGUCAGUCGAGGGAGCAAUGAAGGGAGCAUACGUGUUGGAGGAUUUUGCUGAUAACGGAAAGCCAAAGUGUCUGUUGGGUGGCUGUGGUUCAGAACUCCAUUUAUGCGUUCAAGCUGCAAAAGCGUUGCGCUCUGAUUACGAUGUCCGUGUGGUUUCAAUGCCUUCGUGGGACUUGUUCUUAGGCCAGCCGGAAGAAUAUCAACGUUCUGUUCUUCCUCAAAAUGUCAAAUCAGUCUACGUUGAAGCUGCAAACACGUUGGGUUGUGAGCGCUUCUUCACCACUUCAAUUGGAAUGCAAACUUUUGGUGCUUCUGGUCCAAAAAACGUCCUUUGGAACAAAUUUGGUUUUACUGCUAGCAACAUCGAAAAGACGGCAAGAUCUUUGUUUUGA